AUGCAUUCAUUUUGCAGUGCCGGAUGCAGUGUAAUGUUCUUAGGAGAGAAAGGAUUCUUGGGAGCCAUACACGAGACCGCUGGAUAUGUAGUGCAUCAAGGAGAAAAGAUCUCGAAUGGUCUUAUAAUUGUCGUCAGUUAUCUUCAGUCGGCCAGGAAAGUUUCUUUGAACAACAAAUUCCUACCACCCGAAAUCAUAAACCAGAUCGACGAGGUCACCUCUAAAUUGGAUGCAAGUAAAGACCUCCCUCAUCUUACAACGAUAAGCAUGGCAGAUUCCUUGUCCGAAAUUCUCAAGCAUGAACACAACUCUGAUCUCUAUCAGUACUACCAUGCUUCUAGUAGCAGUUCUUGGAUUCUUAUUUUUGGCUAUUGGCUGGAAAACAUGGGUGUAUAUGUAAGUAACUUGAGAGCGUGCAUGAUUAUCAUCUUCUUGUCCAUCAUAAUCAUCAUCAAAACUAACGAUCAACGGUUGCAGAUUCAUGAUCAUCGGGUGGAUUAUCACGACGCUCGUGUUUAUCUUGUGCGCUUAAUGGCAGAUACAUGCACCGCGGUGGACGAAUGGGUUCAAAACCCCACAGCCGGUUCUGCUAUCAAGGAACUUCUUCCUUGCGUGGAUCGGGAAUUCGGAAAAAACAUCAAGGAUGCGAGCAAAGCGGUUAGCAACGGGAUUAACGAUCUGCUGAACCUUGAUGUUUCCCUUGUAGCCAAUAACAAUGACAUACCUCCACAAGUAGUAGGUCUUUACUACAAUCAAUCCGGUCCCUCAUUGCCCACCGUUUGUGACCCGCACAAGGCAGAAAACAAUAAAAAAACUUGUGGGGAGGGUCAAGUAGCCGUGGGCAAUGCAACACAGGAAUGGAGAAAAUUCGUAUGCCAUUUAUCGUCGUCCGGAAUUUGCAGCACACAAGGGCGCCUGACCCCGGACUUGUACAAGCAAAUGAGUUCAGCUGCUAGCAUAAGCUACGUGUUGUCCUGUUACGUUCCUUUCCUUGCUAGCCUAGUAGACUGCUCCACAAUUUGGGAAAUUCUCAAUUACAUGCACCAGCAUUACUGUCCGGGGCUAAGGAAACACAGUCAAGAGGUUUAUAUCGGCUUGCUCCUCGCCACGAUCUCGGUGAUGUUCUGUUUGAUAUCUUGGGUAUUUUAUGGUAAAGAACGGCGAGAUCGAAAGUAUACCAAAGGGACCGAUAUGGUGCAAGCCGAAACAACCAAAGGGACCGAUACGGUGCAAGCUGAAACAACCCAUGAAGACCCUGAUGCUGAAGAAUAG